AUGAUAUCCCUCCAGCCCCCAGUUGACCUGUGUGAGCCCAUCCUUCAGUUUCUAAGCCCAAGUGCAGGAUACAUGCGUCUGUCCACAGUCUUCGUUCUUGCUAGCGCGCUUCUUGUCGCCCCCGCCGUCCAAGCUAUUGUCCUCUCAGAGGCAGAAAUCAGGCUGAACUACCCGCCACAAAUUAACAAGCCGCUCCCACCUCGUCCCGGCCAUCCUCGCCCCAGGUCCUACAGGCGCGAGGAGCUAGCAGCACGACGAGACUACGACAUCGUGCACUACGAGCAAGGUGGGCGGCAUGACGGCUAUGAACACUUCCACGAGCAUGAAUUCGACGGCCGUGGGCGACACGAGCGCGACGAGGAGACGGACCGCCGGUACAUGAGGCGGAUGGUCGCGCGCGCCCUGCUAGAGGAAUUGGACUGA